AUGUUCGACGCACCCAUCAAGCUUCUGCUUGUCAUACUUCUCCGCUUCUGCCCCUCGUGCAAAUGUCUCAUCGACAUCGGGUUUCCAGGCGAUCCUGAGAUUGUUGUUGACUCGAACUUCAGCUGGACGCUCAACGGGGACCUCCAUCCGUUUCUCUGCCAGAAUUUAUCCAAGCGUGCCUUCUCUGCGGGUUUUACUGGCAGCAAAACAGGUCUCUUCUACUUGGCGGUGUAUUACGUGAAAGCAGGCGGUGAAAAUCAUGCCAGCGAAACCAGCGCAGUGUGGAAAGCAAACAACGGAAGGCCGGUGCCUCUCGGUGCAAGUUUGAAGCUCCAAGUCGAUGGAAACUUGGUACUCUACAAUCCUGACGGCACCGAAAGCUGGUCGACUAAAACGUCUGGACUUGGUGUGGCAGGCAUGCGGCUGAAUCAUACUGGAAACCUUGUUCUUUACAGGGAAGAUGACCAGUCGCCUCUGCAGCGCUAUGGAGUGUGGAAGUUCGACCAAGAGAUUGGUUUUGUUGGCGUCAACUCUUCGAGCUUCAAUGUCUACAACAGGAAAAUGACAGUUAUUCAGUCGGUAGCACUGAGCAUAGUCUACAGUGUGAGGAGAAUACAGCUCUUCUCUACUGGAGAAGUGGUUGCGGACAUCGACUGGGACAUCCUCGAUCUGACCAAGUUCUUCAAUGGCUGGAUUGGCUGGGAUCUCUCUUAUCGGGGGGUCUGCGGAAGAUACAGUAUGACCAGGGAAGGGGACAUAGCUAUGGAGUACAGGUUGGUGGCAGGGGAUAAGUUCUACGACUACUUGCCGCUCAAGUUCAUGCAAGGAGCUAUCUUGUCACAGGCGGACUGCCUGGAGACGUGCUUGACGAAUAGUUCGUGCAAGGCAGUUCUUUUCGAGGACAACAAUAGGACGUGCUUUCAUCUCACGGAAGUUUACACACUCAACGUGACAAGAGCUCCAGCGUUCUCGGCAUUUAUCAAGGUGAAAACCGGGGAGUCUAAGUUGGUAGUACACAAUGCCAAGCAUAGCAAAGCCGGAGUCCUUAUAACGGCAGUCCUAGGGAUUGCUGCGCUCACAGUGACAGUCAUCGUAUCAGCGGGUGCUUAUUGGAAGAACAAGGUUGAUUUCUACUUCAAAAGCCGUCGACAGCGCUCGCAGGCUAUAGUCUCUGGUGCUGCACAAGCUCCACGUCCUUUCAACUUGAACGAGCUGGAAAUGGCCACGAGAAACUUCAGCAAGAGGAUUGGCAGUGGAGGAUUCGGCACGGUUUUCGAAGGAUCUCUGUCGGAUGGAUCCAGGAUUGCUGUCAAGCGCCUUGACGAUUCAAACCAAGGCGAGAAGCAGUUCAAGGCGGAGGUGAGAGCCAUUUGCAACAUCCAUCACAGAAACUUGGUCAGCCUGAGAGGCUACUGCUCGCAAAAACCACACCACUUUCUGGUUUACGACUACGUCCACAAUGGCUCGCUCGAUAGGUGGCUCUUCGACAGCAGCAAAGCGAAGAGCCUGGAUUGGAACCGGAGGUUUUUGAUCGUUCAGGACAUAGCCAGGGGCCUCGCAUAUCUUCACGAAGAAUGCAGCAGCACAGUGCUCCACCUCGACAUCAAGCCUCAGAACGUACUCCUGGACGAGAGCUUCACGGCAAAGAUCUCCGACUUUGGACUGUCCAGGAUGCUCGGAGGCGAUGGUAGAACAGACAAUGCGGUGACUGCGAUCAAGGGAACUCCAGGAUACAUGGCUCCAGAGUGGCUGACACAAGCGAAAGUUACAAAGGCACUGGAUGUCUACAGCUUUGGGAUUGUGGUUUUGGAGAUUAUCACAGGCCUCAGUGCCGUGGAUGAGAGGAUGAGUAGGCAAAAUGUAUCAAGCACGCUUAAGGUGGUGAUAGAUCAAGGCAUGGAUAGGACCAAGAGAAGCCAAAUAGAGAAUUUGAUCCAAAUUGGAUUGUGGUGCACGAAAGUGGAGCAAAGCCAAAGACCUUCGAUGGUGGAAGUUGUCAAGGUGCUAGAAAUCUAA